UUAUUCAUGUCCCUGGGUCAUGAUUGGUUAUACUGGAUAUCCAGAGUCCUGGGGCUUGUUCAGUUCUCUUUGAAAGAAAAACCAACAUGGAGACAGCUGGAAAAGUUAUCAAAUGCAAGGCGGCUGUUGCUUGGGAAGCUAAGAAACCCCUGUCUAUUGAAGAGGUGGAGGUGGCACCACCGAAGGCUCAUGAAGUUCGCAUUAAGAUCCUUGCUACUGGAGUGUGUCACACGGAUGCCUACACUCUGAGUGGAGCUGAUCCUGAGGGUCUCUUCCCUGUGAUUCUGGGACAUGAAGGAGCUGGGAUUGUGGAGAGUGUUGGUGAGGGAGUAACCAAAUUUAAACCAGGGGACAAAGUGAUCCCUCUGUACAUUCCACAAUGUGGAGAGUGCAAGUUCUGCAAGAAUCCCAAGACCAACCUGUGUCAAAAGAUCAGGAUUACCCAGGGUCAAGGUUUAAUGCCUGAUAAGACAUCCAGGUUUACCUGCAAGGGGAAGCCCAUCUACCACUUCAUGGGGACCAGCACUUUCUCCGAGUACACUGUCGUGGCUGAUAUCUCUGUGGCCAAGGUGGAUGACUCGGCCCCUCUUGAUAAAGUCUGCCUGCUUGGCUGUGGUAUUUCCACUGGGUACGGCGCUGCACUCAACACCGCCAAGGUUGAACCCGGCUCUACCUGCGCUGUGUUUGGUCUGGGAGCAGUGGGUUUGGCUGCCAUAAUGGGAUGUAAGGCAGCAGGAGCCUCUCGGAUAAUUGCUGUUGAUAUCAAUAAAGACAAGUUUGAGAAGGCAAAGGAGUUUGGAGCCACAGAGGGUCUCAACCCCCAGGAUCACAGCAAACCUGUCCAGGAGGUGCUGGUCGAGAUGACGGACGGAGGGGUGGAUUAUUCCUUUGAGUGCAUCGGCAACGUCGGGGUUAUGAGGUCUGCCCUGGAAGCGUGUCACAAAGGCUGGGGAACUAGUGUUAUCAUUGGUGUGGCAGCAUCAGGACAAGAGAUCUCAACCCGUCCUUUCCAGCUGGUCACAGGACGCACAUGGAAGGGUACUGCGUUUGGAGGGUUUAAGAGUGUGGAGAGUGUACCAAAGCUGGUGGCUGAUUACAUGGCAAAGAAAAUCAAGGUUGAUGAGUUCAUCACCCACACUCUGCCCUUCGACAAAGUGAAUGAGGGGUUUGACCUGAUGCAUGCUGGAAAAAGCAUCCGAUCGGUCUUGACGUUUUGAAUUCCUCCCAUUGGCAAGCGGUCAUGAGUGCAGUUGCCUUCUCCUGCCAAAUCAACCAUGUUCCAGCUUGUUUAAAUGUUUUGCAAAACUGAAAUGUCCUAAUUCUAACUGCAAAUCCUGUUUCUUACACUGUGAUUGGUCUUUAACUGAGAUCAGCAGUUUUCUUGGAUUAUGGGAGACGUUAAUAGAAAAAGCUUACUGUUCUGCUGCAACCUGUCUUAGUAAAUUGUAUUAAAUCAA